CACAGACUGGACAGAACAGAAGAGGAGAGCAGAGGAGAGGGACCGGCCAAAGGGAGCAUCAGGCCCGUUACAAAAGUGAACGGAAAGUGCUGCCAUGGUCAGAGGCUGACUGACUGCUGCAGCCGUUUGACUACAUUCAUUUGUUUUUAUCUUUUGUUUUUUUAAGUCAUCCGGAACAUUCCAAGAGGAGUCUCCAAACUGCUUUCUAGCGUCCCUGAGAGUGCCUGACGAGCAUCGCCAUGGGUGAAAUGGAGCAACUGCGAAAGGAGGCAGACAGUCUCAAGGACCAGAUUACUGCGGCGCGCAAGGCCAUGCAGGACAUGAGCUUCCAGGAGGCCGUAUCUAGCAUCAACGUGGUGGGCCGCGUCCAGAUGAAGACCAGGAAAACACUGAGGGGUCACCUGGCCAAGAUCUACGCCAUGCACUGGUCCACUGACUCCAAGUUAUGCGUGAGUGCGUCUCAAGACGGGAAGCUCAUCGUGUGGGACAGCAUCACAACCAACAAGGUGAACGCCAUCCCCCUCAAGUCGUCGUGGGUGAUGACAUGCGCCUACGCCCCGUCGGGCAACCUGGUGGCGUGCGGCGGUCUGGACAACAUGUGCUCCAUCUACAACCUGAAGGGCAAGGACGGCAACGUCAAGGUCAUGCGCGAGCUGGCGGCUCACACGGGUUACCUGUCGUGCUGCCGUUUCAUCAGCGACAGCGAGAUCAUCACCAGCUCUGGAGACUGCACUUGCGUGCUGUGGGACAUCGAGACGGGCACCCAGAAAACUAUCUUCGCGGGUCACCAGGGAGACUGCAUGUCCUUGGCCGUGUCCCCGGACUUCAAGUUGUUCAUCUCGGGCGCCUGCGACUUCACGGCCAAACUGUGGGACAUCCGGGAGGGCAACUGCAGACAGACCUUUGGUGGCCACGAGAGCGACAUCAACGCUAUCGGGUUCUUCCCCAACGGCAACGCGGUCAUCACGGGCUCUGAUGACGCCACCUGCAAGCUGUACGACCUGAGGGCCGACCAGGAGCUCAUCACCUACCAGGAUUCCAGCAUCAUGUGCGGAGUCACCUCGCUGGCCCCCUCCCUGUCGGGACGUCUCCUCCUGGCCGGCUACGAUGACUUCAACGUUAAUAUUUGGGACGCGCUCAAAGCGGAAAGAGUGGGAGUGCUGGCCGGCCACGACAACAGAGUGAGCUGCAUCGGCGUAUCCUCGGACGGAAUGGCGUGCUGCACGGGUUCGUGGGACAGCUUCCUCAAGAUUUGGAAUUGAGGCCUCGGGGCCGGCAUCGGGAUCUACAUUCACGGGCGGAGGAUUUAAUUGUGCCAAUUUUUCAUGUCGUUGGUUGGAUCAUGUGAAUGAAAAUUCCUUUAGUUCAUUAUUACGCCGCGGUCUGGCACACUCGACCUCUGCAGUCAAGCGGUUGUCAAACACAAGUACACUAGAUGGACGUCCGUCAUGUAGGUUGGGAUGCUGUGUUUUAUAUCAAGCAAACUUGUUUUUUUUGGUUAGUUUUCCAAUAGAUGCUCAUGUUGACUUGCUCUUCUAAAUAGAAUUCGACAUCCUAGAGGUUUUUGUGUUUGUAUUGAAUGUGACACUGGCUUGUUCUGAUCCCCCCCCCCCCUCAAAAAAAAUGAGACAGUGACAGAUGGGACCACAAAGAAAAGUGGUUCACUAAGCACUUACAAGCAAGGAGCCAUUUGUCUCAGGAUUUAGCAAAACAUGCUAUUGAACACAUGUGACCGCAACUUUUGGGAAUUUGUUGUUUAGCAUAUCUUUCCAAACAGACUGUCAAAUAAAGAUGUGAUUCUAUA